GUGAGCUUGAGUAAACAGUUCUACUGCUGCUGCGCUUCUUCUUCCUCUUUUCUUUGUCUCUCUUUUUUCAUGCUCCAGUCCAGUCAAGUGCUAACUCACUCGUUUACUCCAGAAUAAUAUAUCGAUUUCUGAUUCAAGCUUGUUGCUCGCACUUGUUCCAAGUUUCACAUGUAAGCACCUGUCUCUACAGAAUCCAAAAUCCUCAUACAGACACAAGUGUGUAUCCACCAAUCUCUACAGAAUCUAACUCCUGAUUUCUUGGUGUCAUUUCAAUUAAUCAAAUGGUUACAUAAGCUCAAGGGAACAAACAAUCGGUGCUUUUUUCAUGAUGACAAGAGGAGUUUCCAUUGCGUUGUUAUGUGUUUCUGUCUUGUUGGUCGUUACACAGGAAUGUGCUGGUAAAAAUGUUCUCUCAAGAAACUCCUCUUCUCCUACUACUUAUCCACCAUUAUCACAGAGGCCAAGCUCUGUGAAUGUUGGAGCUCUGUUCACUUAUGAUUCCUUCAUCGGAACAGCGUUUAAAGCCGCAAUGGACGAUGUAAACGCUGACCAAACCAUACUUAACGGUACUAAACUCAAUAUUGUCUUUCAAGACUCUAACUGCAGUGGAUUCAUAGGCACCAUGGGAGCUUUGCAGCUGAUGGAAACACAAGUGGUUGCAGCCAUCGGUCCACAAUCUUCAGGAAUCGCUCACAUGAUCUCCUACGUAGCCAACGAGCUCCACGUACCUCUCUUGUCCUUCGCAGCUACGGAUCCAACUCUCUCCUCUCUCCAAUACCCUUACUUCCUCCGCACCACGCAGAGCGAUUACUUCCAAAUGUACGCCGUCGCAGACUUCAUAUCCUACUCCGGAUGGAAACAAGUCAUUGCCAUAUACGUCGACGACGAGUACGGUCGUAACGGGAUAACUAUCCUAAGCGACGCAUUGGCCAAGAAACGCUCCAAGAUCUCUUACAAAGCUGCGAUCACGCCCGGCGCAGACUCCACUUCCAUAGAAAGCCUUUUGGUCUCUGUUAACCUGAAGGCUUCUCGUGUUUACGUUGUCCAUGUGAAUCCUGACUCUGGUUUAAACGUUUUCUCGGUGGCUAAGUCGCUUGGAAUGAUGGGGAACGGUUACGUUUGGAUCGCAACGGACUGGCUACCAACAUCUUUGGACUCCAUGGAGCCUGUGGACUCUGAAACAAUGGAUCUCUUGCAAGGAGUGGUCACUUUUCGCCAUUACACACCCGAGAGUAGUAUGAAAAGAGAGCUUAAAGGGAGAUGGAAGAAUGGCUUCAACUCAUAUGCAUUGUAUGCUUAUGAUUCCAUUUGGUUGCUCGCUCGUGCUCUCGAUGUUUUCUUUAAAGAACACAAUACAGUAACAUUCUCCAACGAUCAGAACCUGACCAAAACAAGUGAUAGCAGCAUUCAGUUAUCAGCGCUAAGUGUGUUCAAUGAAGGGGAGAAGCUUUUAAAGAUCAUUCUUGGGAUGAAUUAUACUGGCUUGACAGGACGAAUCCAGUUUGAUGCAGAGAGAAACAGAGUAAACCCGGCUUACGAAGUCCUUAACAUAGCAGGCACAGGUCCGCGGAGAGUGGGUUACUGGUCUAAUCAUUCAGGUCUCUCAGUGGUGACUCCAGAGACAUUGUACUCUAAGCCUCCAAACACGUCUACAGCCAACCAGCGUCUUUAUGGAAUCAUAUGGCCAGGUGAAGUGACUAAGCCUCCUCGCGGCUGGGUGUUUCCUAACAACGGAAAGCCGUUGAAAAUCGCGGUGCCUAACCGUGUGAGCUAUAAAGAUUAUGUCUCUAAGGAUAAGAAUCCGCCUGGUGUUAGAGGCUUUUGUGUUGAUGUCUUUGAAGCUGUGUUAGAGUUGCUUCCUUAUCCUGUUCCAAGAAACUAUAUACUGUAUGGAGAUGGGAAGAAGAAUCCUUCUUAUGACAAUCUAAUCAAUGAAGUUGUUGCAGAUAACUUUGAUGUAGCUGUAGGAGAUAUUACCAUUACUACAAACAGGACAAGGUUUGUGGAUUUCACACAGCCGUUUAUAGAAUCAGGGCUUGUGGUGGUGGCUCCGGUUAAGGCGGCCAAGUCUAGUCCUUGGUCAUUCCUGAAACCAUUCACUGUAGAGAUGUGGGCUGUCACUGGAGCUUUCUUUCUCUUUGUGGGAGCUAUCGUCUGGAUUCUUGAACACAGAUUCAACCAUGAGUUUAGAGGCCCUCCUAGGCGUCAGCUCAUCACCGUCUUCUGGUUUAGCUUCUCCACCAUGUUCUUCUCUCAUAGGGAGAAAACGGUGAGCACAUUAGGGAGGCUGGUGUUAAUCAUAUGGCUAUUCGUGGUUCUCAUCAUCAACUCAAGCUACACAGCUAGUCUAACUUCGAUCCUAACCGUUCAACAGCUCACAUCUCGGAUUGAAGGAAUAGAUAGCUUAAUACAAAGCAAAGAACCAAUAGGUGUUCAAGACGGCACUUUUGCUAGAAACUAUCUUGUCAACGAACUCAACAUAUCUCCUCAUAGGAUUGUUCCACUAAGAGACGAAGAACACUACCUCUCUGCUCUCCAACUCGGUCCCAAAGCCGGCGGAGUAGCAGCCAUUGUAGACGAGCUUCCUUACAUAGAAGUCCUUUUGACAAACAGUAACUGCAAGUACCGUACAGUGGGACAAGUGUUCACACGCACAGGCUGGGGUUUCGCAUUCCAGAGAGACUCCCCUUUAGCUGUAGACAUGUCUACUGCUAUCCUGCAGCUCUCCGAAGAAGGGGAGCGUGAGAAGAUACACAGGAAGUGGCUUAACUACAAGCACGAAUGCUCGAUGCAGAUAUCGAACGGGGAGAACUCUGAGCUUUCGCUCAAGAGUUUCUGGGGACUGUUUCUUAUCUGCGGUGUCACUUGCUUCGUGGCACUUACUAUCUUCUUCUGGAGGGUUUUCUGGCAGUACCAGAGGUUGUUGCCAGAUAGUGGGGACGAAGAGGAAAGGGCGUGUGAAGUGACUGAGGCAUCUGGAUCAGGGAGAGGUUUACGAACGCCGAGUUUCAAGGAGUUGAUUAAAGUUGUGGAUACAAAGGAGGCAGAGAUCAAGGAGAUGCUGAAACAAAAGAGUAGCAAGAAACUCAAGAGUAGCCAAAGUGGAGCUGGGAGUUCACAUUCACAACGUAGUGACAUUCCUUGAAACAGAUAAGAGUUCAGCGAUUCAUAUAAAUGUCUGUUAACAUACUUAGGGGGUAGAUAAAACUGUCAUAAGAUUUUUGUAAUAGCAAAGUUCAAGGAACCAAAAACCAGAGACAAACUGUAAAUCUUAUUGCAAGUGAACAUAAUUAAAAGAAGAUAAAACUGAAAGGGAACUCCAAGUAUCAAUUUUA